CGUGAUGCGAUGAAUAACGUGUCAGCUGAUACUAUAUUUACUUUUGUCUUGUGAGACAUAUGAUUUUGUUGUCCCCUUGAUAAAUUGAAUACUCGUGAUAAAAUGGUAAAUUAUUUAUCUCAUACUUUAGUUCGCCGCAGUUGAUAACUAAGAAAAGUAGUAUUUAAGCAAGUGGUGGAAGCAAUAAUGCUCCUGUUCGUCUACUUAUCGUCUAUAUUCGUUUUACUGACGACAUUUUUAGUCUUAAAACGCGUAAAGACAAAGCAAAAGUGUUUCAGAAUAACAAGUAGUGGUAGGACGCUAGUGGGCAAUGGGAGGGUGGCUGAGCUAUCUCUGGUGGGGCGGAGACCCCGACGUAGUGAACCCGAUAUCAGGCCUGACGCGGCGGGAGAUAUACGCGGUGCAACGAUCCUGGGCACUCGUCCACAAGGACUCGACGGCAAACGGAAUUGAAUUGUUAAAAAGGUUAUUCCGAGCGUAUCCAGAAACGAAAGAAUUCUUCAAAAUGGUGAGAAAACUGCCCGAAGAGGAGUACGAGAGGAAUUUUCAGUUCAAAGCCCAUGUCAUCAACUUGAUGUCAUCCCUAGACCAGGCGGUGAAGACCCUCGAUCAGCCGGAGAUUGUCAUUGAGAUGAUGCUCAAGAUAGGAGAUUCCCAUAGAAAAAGAAAAUUACAAGAACAACAUUUCUAUGAUCUAAAAGAUGUCCUAGUAAAGAUGUUGAUUGAAGUUUUAAAACCGGACUCGUCAACCCUCGGCGCGUGGGCCAAGACUGUUGACUUUUGGUACAAACACAUAUUUGUUUCACUGUCGGGCACUGACGGGAGAUAACAGAUGUCAUGAAACAAUAGUGACUUGAAUAAAUAUCUAGGAUAUAGAUCAUGUGUACAUAGAAGCUUAUUGUUUAACUGCAGAAGCAGACAGCGAGGCGAAUAGUGACGAACUAUAAACAAUAAUUCAUGCUAUAAUGAAGAAAACAAAAUCAAGACCAAACAUUGUCAACUUCUGAAAUGACAGUAUUUUAAAUCACAUUAGACAAAUCAACUAUGUAUAUGUUUCUCGACCAUUUUAAUAUGACAGAAAGGGACAGAUAUAUCAGUCAAAUAUAAAACUAUCUGUUUUUAUUCUAGCCUUGCAUUUGUGAAUACUUUUGGCAUAGUAGUCGAAUAAGUGCUCGUUCUUAUUAAACAAUCUCUAUGUUUUUUUAACAAAAUCAGUAUUAGUAAUAUUUGUAUUACAAGCAUAUGAAACUUUAUGUUAGUUUUGUACAGAAUUGACAUUGCUGUUUUAACUUAAGCACUAUUAAGAUACCUAUG